AUGGCCCGGCUCGUCCUCCCGGAGCGCUGCGGCCUCACGCCGCUCCGCGCGCGCAGCCGCGGCGGCGGCGCCAUUGCGCUGCCGCCACCUCCCCACCUCGCCGCCGCGCCGCGUCGCCCCGUAUCCGCCGCCAUCCACCGCGACUGGGCCCUCCGAGUCUCCGCGCCCGCCCGCCUUGCCUCCGUCUUCGAGGAGGGCAAAAGCAGCUCCCGCCGGGGAGACGGGGAGGAGGAGGCCGCCGGGAGCUCUCCCGCGGAGGAGUUCAACCCGGGGGCGCCGCCGCCGUUCGGCCUAGCGGAGAUCCGCGCGGCUAUCCCCAAGCACUGCUGGGUCAAGGACCCCUGGCGGUCCAUGGGCUUCGUGCUGCGGGACGUGCUCGUCGUGCUCGGCCUCGCCGCCGCCGCCGCGCGCGUCGACAGCUGGCUCGUCUGGCCGCUCUACUGGGCCGCGCAGGGCACCAUGUUCUGGGCGCUCUUCGUCCUCGGACACGACUGUGGACACGGGAGCUUCUCGAGCAACCAGAAGCUCAACAGCGUGGUCGGCCACAUACUCCAUUCCUCCAUUCUUGUUCCAUACAACGGAUGGAGGAUUAGCCACAGGACACAUCACCAGAACCACGGCCAUGUGGAGAAGGAUGAGUCCUGGCACCCGUUACCUCAGAGGCUCUACAACAGCCUGGACAAUAUGACAAAGAAGCUGCGGUUCAGCUUGCCGUUUCCCAUGCUUGCGUUCCCCUUAUACUUGUUUGUCAGGACUCCAGGGAAGAAGGGCUCACACUUCGAUCCGAACAGUGAUGUGUUCCUACCUAAUGAGAAAAAGGAUGUGCUAACAUCAACCGCAUCCUGGCUAGCAAUGAUCGGGGUUCUUGCUGGUCUGACCUUUGCAAUGGGGCCUCUUAAGAUGCUAAAGCUCUAUGCUAUCCCUUACGCGAUAUUUGUCAUGUGGCUGGAUUUUGUCACAUACUUGCAUCAUCAUGGUCAUGAAGACAAGCUUCCGUGGUAUCGUGGAAAGGAAUGGAGUUAUCUGCGUGGAGGAUUGACAACGCUUGAUCGGGACUACGGGCUGAUCAACAAAAUUCACCAUGACAUUGGCACUCAUGUCAUUCAUCAUCUUUUCCCGCAGAUCCCACAUUACCAUCUUGUCGAGGCGACUGAGGCAGCGAAACCAGUGCUCGGCAAGUACUACAAAGAGCCGGAGAAGUCGGCUCCCCUCCCGUUCCACCUUCUCGGGGUGCUAUCGCGAAGUAUGAAGAGCGACCACUAUGUUAGCGACACGGGAGACGUAGUCUACUACCAAAGUGACCCAGAGACAAAUAAUUCUGAUUGAGCCGGAACACUAGCAUAUUAUGCAUAUAGGUUAUCCUGCCCUGACAGUUGAACACCCUGACCAGUCGCCUAGGAUCCAUGACUAUAGUACUAUACACUAUGAAUAUAAGUUGUGAAGUAUUACCAUUGUAGCAGAACAGCUGCAGCUCCCCUCAAGGCUUGGCUUGGUCUGCUUGUAGUAAAAUUGUAAAAGAGCACUUGAAGCUCAUCACAAUUCACAAGGCUUGGCUUGAUCUGCUGGUA